UCCGCCCCGUCCCGCUGAGCUUCUUAGUUUCUUCUGGACCCGUCGAGUUAGAGCGAAAGGGGAACGAUGAGCGACCCGUCGGUGUGCAGCUUCCUCACCAAGACCCUGUGCGCGCACGGCGGGCGGAUGGCGCUGGGGGACCUGCAGCAGCAGGUCGGUCUGUCGGCGCAGCAGCUGGAGGAGACGCUGUCGGCAGUGGGCUCCCAGCGGUUCCUGGUGCAGCGGGAUGGCAGCGGAGUGUGGGUGCUGGCCGUGUCGGCCGUGCGGGUCUGCAUCUUCAAGGAGUGCGGGGGCUGCGACCGGCUGCACCUCUGCAAGCUGCAUCUCAUGGGCAAGUGCAACCUGGCCAGAUCUUGUAAGUACCCACACAACAUCAUCAGUGCUGAGAACAAAAAGGUUCUAAAGACCCAUGAGUUGUCUGGCCUUGAUGAGAAUGAGCUGCGAGUCCUGCUUCUCCAAAAUGACCCUUCCUUCCUCCCUGAUAUCUGCCAACUUUACAACAGAAAGGAUAGUAACUGCAACCAGGAAAACUGCAACAAGCUUCAUAUUUGUCGACACUUUCUCAAAGGGGAAUGUAGAUUUUUUCGGUGCAAGAGGUCCCAUAACCUCUUGGAUACCAGUUCAUUGAAAGUGUUGGAAACUGGAGGCAUUGAUGUGAAGAUAGCUACAAACAUGCAGACUAUAUGUAAUCACAAGCAUAUGGAACUCAGUGAGGAACUGAAGAAGGGGAAAGAUAAAAAAGGUGAUUCCUCUUCUAAAGCUUCAAAGGACAACAAAGAAGAUAACUGUGAUCAGAUAUGUGUGUUCUAUGUCUGGAAGUACUGCAAGCAUAAAGAUAAAUGCAAAUUUGUUCAUUACCACUUGCCGUAUCGAUGGCAGGUAUAUAAUGGGGUGACCUGGAAUGACCUCGCCAUGAUGGAGGAAGUUGAAAAGGCCUAUUGUGACCCACAGAUCAGCAGCAUAGAGGGUAAGAACAUCAAUUUCCAAACAAUGACCUGCUGCUCUUCUCCACUUCGACGCCUCUCUACACCAUCAUCAGUCACAAAACCCACGUUUGCAUUGACCACGCAGUGGCUUUGGUAUUGGAAGAAUAACAUAGGCCAGUGGAUUGAAUAUGGAGAACAGGAUGAAGGGGAUAGUGUGAGCUCACCAUCUUCUGCUGUCAUUGAGAAUUUGUAUCUAGCAGAUCCAGAUAGCACCAUGUUUUUCCAGGCUGGCGCAUUGAAGUAUGAGCUCAAUUUUAAAGAAAUGACCCAGACAAACACCUUAUAUAGAACUCGAAGACGGGUCUGCAGGCGACCAAAGUUUGUGUCUUCUGAAGAUGUGCAGAAGAUAAAGAAAGGCCAGAGGGAUUCCUCUAUUCCCAAUCAGUCCUGUCCUGAACACUGGGAUAAGUCUGCACUGCCUGACUUCGGAUACAAGGUCUAAUGGCAUUAAGAAGCACUCCUGGAAGAGCAACACACACUGUGGAAGUACCAGAAUGCUAGAAAAAAAGGCUUUUCAGUGUUACACUUGGCCUUCUUUAUAGUGUCUUUGUCUUAGGUUAGAGGACAGCACAUAAUGUGGAGUGUAGGGUUUUCCUUGUUGACUGUGUCAGAGUGUUUUGUGAUGCUGACCAAGUUGUGUUGGCACAAAUACCAUGAUGAUGAGGGACAGAAGGAAUACUGUAUUUCUGAACUGGGAGAUCUUACUGUCUAGGUUCAGUUGAUGGAGACCUCCAUUGCUAUUGUCACUCUUUGCAUUUUUAUUUUCCCUAGUGUAGUUACAUUGGCAGUGGCAUGAGAACCAGAAAUAUCUUGUCUCUUUGGUUUCUCUGUCCUGGUUUCUGUUACUCUGUGCUAAAUAUUUCAUUUUACCCUGACUACCCUCUUGUGCUGGAUUAUGCCUUAGUGUAACACAUGUAUCUGGCCACGUGAAUGCAGCAAAUUCAUCUAAACCCAGUCCUAAUGCAACAUUGUCAGGUAAAAUUGAAGUUGGCUGCUGUGUUCAUCUGCUCACUUCAAACGGUGUUCACAAUCAGCAAAACUGUGAAAUUUCACUAAAAAAUCACAAUUAUGAAAGUGUCAGUGCCCAGCACCCACCAAAUGAACUAAGAAGGAGUUUGUGUGGAAAUGUGGCAGCCAGACCUUUUCAAGAUUUGGGCCUGUGAUAUUUUGAGCUCUGUCACAGUAAUAAAGGAUAUAGCUAAGCAGCAACCCCUUUGGCUUAGCAGCAGCUUUGCUGAUUGACAUAAGCUUAAAUUUUCCUGAAGAACGCCAGGAAGACAGGUAGCUCAGUUCUUUAUAGGUCUCCGAGUUGUUACGUGCUUGGCUGCUUCCCUUAUCUACUCUGCAAACUUCAGUCUGAAUUUUACUUGAGUCCUUUUGUUGGGGUGUUUCUGGAGUCGCUGAGGUGAGUGUGAGAUGCUUUGGAGUGAGAUGUACAGAUCCACGGUAUCACUAGAGGUACUUGUACGGAUGUGUGUGGUGGAAGGUUCAUCUUGCUCCCCCAGGUUCCAUUUGCUUGCUGAGUUGAUGCCUAAGAAACCGUCUCUUAACAUGUAAACAGUGCAUUUCACAGGGAAGGAAAUGUUGAUUCCUUCCCUAAAAAGUGACAAAUCCCACAGUACCUGUUGGUGCUUCAGGUGAAAGCCUGGGCUAGAUUAAAUAUUUCUGUGGGACCCUAUGCUUGUUUUUUUUUUGCAGUAGGUAAUAUUGGGACUGGCUGGGAUUCUACAUGCAUGUGGUGACCAUCGUAUGACCUGACAAUUAUUAACUGAUGCAUUCUUCACAUGUUGACAAAUAACCCUGCCAAAAUUUACUGCGCUGGAGGUGAUCCAUUUUAAGAAGGAACAGCUAUGAGAUAGGGAGAAAGUCAUCUUUGCUUAACAAUAGUAGUUGUGUGUUGGUAAUGUUGCUUUUUUUUUGAGUGUUGCAGUGUCUUAAUCUGUAAGUACUUUAGGAUCAUAGUUCUGUAGAAAGUAGAGUGUGUGAAAUGUCCAAUGGAACUUGGGAACACCAAGUGGCAAGUUGGUGUGAUUUUCUUCUGUCUUUGUGUAACAAAGUGGCAUUAGUAGUUGAUAAUUCUUUUUUUGUCUCUAAAAGAUUUGAUGUUGUCUUGGAACGUUGUGAUGGGUUUUAAAGUGUAUCUUUAAUGUCUAACUGAGAAAUAUGUGCAAUGAAUGUGUGGGUUUAUGUCAGAGGAUCAGUCUUUGGCUGCCAUAUUGCUGAAUCCCAACACGUCCCAAAGAUUGCUGUGCUGUAACAGGAACGAGAGCUGAUGCAACGUGAAGAGACUGUGUACUUUACAGACAGCAGUUCUAGUUGGGUUGUUGUUAGUCGUACAACCUGUACUGCUUCCAAAACCCAAGUUAACCAGAGGUCAAGAUUUGAUAUCACAUACUGUUUUUGUAAUCGCACACUAACAGAAAUUACUGUCAGGGCAGGGAUUCCUCCACUGCUCCAGAAACUCCACUCCUUAACAGAGGGUUAGCAAAUGCUUAUGCUCUCUAGGUUUUUGCAUUUUAGCUCUGAAGAUGAAAAGAGCUUAAAAAGUUAAUGUCGUUAAGAAGUACUCAGUAUCUGAAGGGGUCCUACAAGGAUGCUGGAGAGGGACUCUUCGUCAGGGACUGGAGCUCUAGGACAAAGGGUAAUGGGUUCAAACU